AGAGCACUGCAAGAGGAUUAGAAAAAUAAAUAGGAAGGGAUCUUUUCAGAAAUUUUCAUAUCAACUUAACAAACCACAUGGUAGGAGCAGGUGAACUUGGGCCAGAGCCCGUACCAGAUGGCCCAAACAUGAUUUUGCGUUACUUGCAGGGGUUUAGAACCUCAGAAAAUAAUAAAAUUAACAACAAAAAACACCAUCGAAUAUGUAAAUCUCCAGAUACUUAUUGCCAAGCCCACCUUCUCCUAUUAAUUACCUUUCACAAUCAACACUUCGAUAUCCUUAAACUAACCAACAGAGCAACGUGCUCUUCCAUAACGUACGUUCUAGAGAUCCUUUAAAAAACAAAAAAAAAAUCAAACACUCGUCUCCCUCUUUCACUUCCCAAUCUCCUCUGCAAGAAUCCUUAAUACCCAUCAGCUUCAUUCACCAGCAUUUUCUUCAAUUUAUUUAUCCAACUAGCCAGCAAUAAUGUCAGCACAGCUCUCCAAGACAGACUCAGAAGUAAGCAGCCUAACUCAGUCAUCUCCUACAAGUUCAUCCCCGACUCGCCGCCCUGUAUACUACGUGCAGAGCCCAUCAAGAGACUCUCACGACGGCGAGAAAACCACCAACUCCUUAUACUCCACUCCAAUUCUUAGCCCAACGGCGUCUCCUCCUCAAUCCCACUCCAACUCUUCCUUAGGGCCUCACUCUCGAGAAUCCUCCUCUACCCGCUUCUCUGGUUCCCACCGCAAGGCUGAUGGAUCCAACCGCAAAUUCAGCCGGAAGCCAUGGAAGGAGUUUGAUGCCAUUGAAGAAGAGGGUCUCCUGGACGGAGAUAUUACCUCACAUGGGUUGCCUCGGCGUUGCUAUUUCAUUGCUUUCGUUGCAGGCUUCUUUACACUAUUCUCUUUGUUUUCGUUGAUUCUUUGGGGUGCGAGUCGACCUCAGAAACCUACAAUCACCAUGAAGAGUAUAGUGUUUGAUCAAUUUGUAGUGCAAGCCGGUUCGGAUUUCUCAGGAGUAGCGACGGAAUUGGUGUCCAUGAACUGCUCGGUGAAGCUCACAUUUCGCAACACUGCUACGUUCUUUGGGGUUCAUGUAACUUCAACACCUAUCGAUCUAACCUACUCUCAACUCACUGUAGCUACUGGAACUAUAAGAAAUUUCUAUCAAUCAAGAAAGAGUCAAAGAUUAUUAACAGUGAUGGUAAAGGGGAGUAGCAUCCCAUUGUAUGGUGGCGGAGCUAGCUUGGGCAGCUUCAAUGGUGCACCAACUCAACCACUGCCAUUCAGACUUUAUUUUAUGGUCCGAUCAAGUGCUUACGUUCUGGGAAAGCUGGUGAAGCCCAACUUCUACAAGAGGGUGGAAUGCUUAGUAGUCAUGGACCCAAAAAAAAUGAACGUGGCAAUUUCGCUCAAGAACAAGUGCAAUUAUCAGUAAACAAGAAAAAUCAAUUAUUAUCGAUAUCUUCAUGCAUGAACUUGGAAUUUAAUUUAAAAAAAGCAUA